UGGUCAAAAACCUACGAUAAAUCUUGCAAAUUGUAAGGAGGAAUCUUUUUUCAGUAACUGGCAACUCAGUUAAUCGUUGUGUUUGUUUGACGCUGGACUGUUGUUGCUCUGCAAAACAAUAAUAAUUUGAUUCAGAUUAUAUUUAUAACAAGUGCAAAAUGGCUAUCGGAGCUGGGAUGUCGUGUGUAAAAUACCUACUAUUUUCUUUCAACCUGUUAUUUGCGAUAACAGGUAUGAUAAUCCUAAUAGUUGGUGCCAAGGCAGAGAUCAAUGCUUAUCCAUAUGUCAACCUGACAGAUGAGACUUUCUAUACUUCAGCUCCGGUUAUGCUCAUAAUUGUUGGGCUCAUUGUCUUCGUUGUUGCCUUCUUUGGUUGCUGCGGAGCUGUCAAGGAGAACCAUUGUAUGAUUGUCACGUUUUCCGUCUUCCUCUUAAUGAUCUUCAUAGCUGAGUUGGCUGUUGGUACCGCUGCAUACCUGAAGCAUCAGGACUUGGAGACGUCGAUCGUGAAGUCGCUGAAUGAGUCUCUGAAGCAGUACCCGACCAACCCAGAUAUAAAAAAGAACUUUGACAUCAUACAGACAGACCUAAACUGCUGCGGAAUCAACAGCCCUGACGAUUGGGCGCUUAACGGUCUGCCAAUCCCGGCGACUUGUUGCGCUGCACAGGAGUUGCUCGACGACAAACCAGUCGCCUGUACCAAAGACAGUCCCAAUUUCCAUACCCAGGGCUGUCUCAACAACAUUCUUGUGCACUUGAAGGAUAUCGCUUUGGUACUUGGAGGUGUUGGUCUGGGUAUCGCUUUCGUACAGCUCCUUGGAGUAAUAUUCGCGUGCAGCCUCGCUCGUUCCAUCCGCAACCAAUACGAGACCGUUUAAAUCCAUACAAAAUAUGUUCUAGAUGUUCCCCAUAAUUGUAGUGUAAGCAUAACAUUUUGUGAUAAGUAAUUCAUUCCGUAGAUAUUGUUUAUUUUUUUAUAAUUUAUUUCAAUUUGAAAAUCUUUUUUUCUGAAAAAGAUCUGUUAUUGUCGAAUACAAUUUUAUUUUUAUUUUUGGCGUUAAAUGCACAAUACUGAUUAAAUUGUGCUCAGUCAAGACUGAUUUUUCGAAUAGAUGACGAAUGCCAAAUUUUGUCUCUUGUCUAUGGAUUUAUGCCGAUUUAAAUGACUAUAAAAAACUGUGGAUCAGUUUUCUACGUAUUUGAUAUUCAAGCUUAAUUUUCCACUAAGACAUACAAAAUGGCGGCGUUACUUUAGCUGCGUAAAAAACCAGCUCUUUACACUAUUACACUUAGUAAAUAUAUAAUAAAUUAUAAAAAUCGACAUAAAUCUCGACUUUAAUGUUUAUAAUCUCAUAAUAUAUAGAAUUUUUAAAACUUUUCUAAUUGUUGCUAUGUUUAACAUGACAUUAUCAUGACUAGACAAAAUGGCAGCCUUUUCUUAGAUUGGUGCACUAUUUUAGAGUUUUAUGACGAUGCAAGUGUAUUUGAAUGUUUAAAACCGAGAUUAGCAUCGCGUAAAAUGUAUUGGUGUUUAAUAUUUCCUAUAUUUAAUAAACUUCAUAUUAUAAAUUA